ACUUUCAGUUAUUCGCGAACAGCGCCCGAGAGAGCGUGCUCAUUGUCGUGAUGCAAACCAUUGCGGCGUUUCGUAAAACUUCGUAACUUUAUUUAGUACAAUAUGUGUAAUGUUCAGUUGUAUACAUUGUUCAAUAUUUAUAUAUUUUAGUCAGUUGUUGCAUUUUAUUUUAUAAGAUGGUUUUAUACCGCUCACGUCUUUUUAUCUUCAAUAUAUUAUUCUUAUAGACUAAAUAACCAUCGAUGUGUUAUUAUUUCUUAGUAUUGAGAAUAUUUAAUUCAACGAACGCAGUAUGACUGGAACAAAUCCAAAUAAGUGAACUUAAAUAAGAAUUAAAAAAUGGUGGAGUUAUUUAUAAAUGUGAAAAGGACCGCGUGACAAAAUGUGCAAGAACGUGAACAAUGUUGCGUGGGAGACGGAGACGCUGAUGGGGACACCGCCUGUCUCCAAAUGGGACCGAUUUUGUCCCAGGGCAGCACUCUCCCACGUGGGCCUCUUUGUUGCACUCAUGUUGUACACCGGUGGUGGAGGAUUGGUCUUUAGAGCAUUGGAAUAUCCAGCGGAACUGGAAAAACAAGAGUAUCAUCGGGAACGUUUACUAACGGAGCGAUGGAAUCUAAUAAAAUUCGUAUCUGAGUACAAUAAUAAUGGAAGCGAAAGCGGUAUGGAAAAACUGCUAAGUGAUCAGUUGGCUGUAUAUGAGAAGGUUUUAGAAGAAGCAUCUUCGAGUGGUCUGGCAUUAGAAGUCGAAAAUAAUUUCCCUCCUUCAGAAGAAAAGUGGAGUAUAUUGCAAGCAGUGUUCUUUUCAUCAACUGUGCUCACCACAAUAGGUUAUGGAAACAUAGUCCCAGAGACAUUCUGGGGCAGAUUAUUUUGUAUUGCAUACGCAUUGAUUGGAAUCCCAUUAACAUUAACAGUAAUUGCAGACUUGGGAAGAGUUUUUGCAACAGUCGUUUCUAUUAUUGCGAAACAAUUGCCCGCUAUGCCUAAAUGUUGCAAACGAGUAUCGGAGGCAAAUCCAGCGGGACAGCGAUCUCUUUAUGCUCUUGGCGCAGUGGGAUUUCUAUUCGUUUAUUUGUCUGCUGGUGCCGGCUUGUUUAAGAUGUGGGAAGACGAUUGGACUUUCUAUGAUGGAUUUUACUUUUGUUUUAUUACUAUGACUACCAUAGGAUUUGGAGAUCUUGUCCCUAAAAGGCCAAAAUAUAUGCUACUAUGCACACUUUAUAUACUUAUUGGUUUGGCGCUGACCUCAACUAUAAUAGAGUUGGUGCGAAGGCAGUAUGCGAGAUCUUGGCAACAACUACGAGCUCUGUCAGGGCCGUUAGCAGACACUCUAAGAAGACUAGGCGACGCCGGUAGAGGAGUGGAUGUGUCUGCUCUUCAUAGUGACCUUCGUAAAGUACUGACAGUGGUUACUAUGCCGCGAUUAAAUGCUGGGAAAGAUGGACUCACUGACAAGCGUCAAUUGGAAUGGGAGGCUGCUGUUGAAGCGGUCAUUAGGGAUAUCACGGCGCCGACACCAGAAAAGAAGCCGCCGAUUGUACAGAUAGUAAUAUACGAAUCAUCAGUCUAGUACCUUCAAUAAUGUAUUCAAUAGAUAAAUUGGUACUAAGACAAGCUACGUGUACCUAAACAAAAAUAGGUCUUCCUGGUACAUGUACCUUGUAAUGAGCAUUUGCCUUGAAACUAGCAAAAUAUCGAAUUGAAAUACAUAUAAAAAAUCUUUUUUUUUUAUUUCACAGAUAUAUAAGUUGCUUAAAAUAUAUUUAGAUGUAUAAAUUUCUGCACAGAUGAGAAAAUACUUUGUUGUACUUUUUGUUCGUCAAAAUAGAAUGCAUUGUGCAUGCAGGUCUGCCGUACUAGCCUGGCGAAUACAACGAGGAAUAUCUUUGAACCAACCAACCAACUUUCUUUUAUUAUGAUUAUGUUUUGUACAAAAUAUGAAUACUAAUUCAUUUCUACUCAUUAUAUAUUUCUCCUAAUUAUAGUUAAUGAAGGCAAAAUUUACUAAACUAAAUUAUCG